UGUUCAGGAACACAGCACCUCUCUCUCUCUCUCUCUUGGCUAUCGCCCAAAGCCCUUCGAUAUCCCCGAUCCUCUUCUCGUCCUCACAUGUAUUGUUCGAGCCACACCAAACCCUUCUGCAUUAAUCAUCAUCUUCUUCAAACACUCAGCACCAUUUCCCAUUGCUUCUCUGUAACUGAUAACGUUUACAACAAACAUGGAGGGUGGUUUGAAGCCAAUGGAUGCGGAGCAACUCAGAGAGAACGCUCACAAGAUGGUGGAUUUCAUUGCUGACUACUACAAGAACAUCGAGAGUUUUCCGGUCCUAAGCCAAGUUCAGCCAGGGUAUCUGUGCAAGCUUCUUCCAGAUUCUGCACCAAGUGAGCCAGAGCCAUUAGAAGCUAUUCUUGAUGAUGUUCAGGCAAAGAUCUUUCCUGGGGUGACCCAUUGGCAGAGCCCAGAUUAUUUUGCAUAUUUCCCAUCUAAUAGUAGUAUUGCAGGAUUUUUAGGAGAAAUGCUUAGUGCUGGUAUUAACAUGGUGGGUUUUAGUUGGAUAACUUCUCCUGCAGCAACAGAACUUGAAAUGAUCGUUCUGGAUUGGCUUGCUAAAAUACUUAAACUUCCUGGUGAUUUCCUCUCAACAGGAGAAGGUGGUGGAGUAAUACAGGGUACAGCUAGUGAAGCUGUUCUAGUUGCUCUACUGGCUGCCCGUGAUAAAGUUUUAAGAAGGAUUGGAAGAGAUGCCAUAGGAAAACUUGUGGUUUAUUCAUCUGAUCAAACACAUUCAGCUCUUCAGAAAGCCUGCCAGAUAGGAGGUAUUCACCCAGACAAUUGCAGGUUGCUGAAGACAGAUGAGGCCACUGAAUAUGCUCUUUCUCCUGAAUCACUCAUUUGUGCAGUGUCACAUGAUAUUUCUGUUGGUCUAAUCCCUUUUUUCUUAUGUGCUACUAUUGGUACCACUUCUUCAACAGCCGUGGAUCCUUUGCUUGCAUUGGGAAAGAUUUCCAAGAGUAAUGGAAUGUGGUUGCACGUGGAUGCUGCAUAUGCUGGAAGUGCUUGUAUAUGUCCAGAAUUUCGCCAUUAUAUGGAUGGUGUUGAAGAAGCUGACUCAUUUAAUAUGAAUGCACACAAAUGGUUGUUAACAAACUUUGAUUGUUCACUUCUCUGGGUAAAGGAUAGGAACGCUCUGAUUCGGUCACUCUCAACAAAUCCAGAGUUUCUGAAAAACAAAGCCUCUGAAGCCAACUUGGUUGUAGAUUACAAAGAUUGGCAAAUUCCUCUAGGCCGCAGGUUCAGAUCACUUAAGUUAUGGAUGGUAUUACGAUUAUAUGGUUUGGAAAACUUGCAGUCUUACAUAAGAAACCAUAUCAAAUUGGCUAAACACUUUGAAGAACUUGUUUCUCAGGACCAGAGAUUCCAGGUUGUUGCCCCUCGGAAGUUUUCACUUGUUUGUUUCCAACUUCUGGCUCCCGAUGGCAAUGAAGAUCGUGCUAAAAAAUUAAACCAUGAUUUACUUGAUGCUGUUAACUCAACUGGGAAACUAUUUAUCUCUCAUACAGUUCUGUCUGGCAAGUAUGCACUGCGCUUCGCUGUAGGAGCUCCAUUGACAGAAGAGAGGCAUGUAACUGAAGCAUGGAAGGUUUUACAAGAGAAGGCGUCUUCCCUGUUAUGCAAACAAAAUCACUAGAGGGUUGAGUAAGUCAACUCUCUGUGGUAUCUGUUGAUUCACAACAUUCUUUACUUUAUGAGGUUAAUUCAUUGUUGAUUAAACAGUCCAGUAGUUAUUGAUUAAACAUCAUCACAUUGCUCCUUUGUUUCUGGAAGCAAUUUUUUAUCACAGGCAGUGUGUUAUUUGUUACAUUACUUGCCAACUAUGACACCUCGUUUCUUAAUUUUCAGUGCAGAACAUAGGUUUACAAAUUGUACCUUCAAAUACUACUAAAGGUCUAGAAAAUGAUUAAAAAAACAGCGUUUACAA